AUGGUGCAACCACAGGAGGUCGACGUAAUCGUCGCGGGAGGUGGCCCUGCGGGCUGCGUAGUCGCGGGCCGUCUGGCUUACGCUGACCCCAACCUGAAGGUCAUGCUUAUUGAGGGCGGCGCCAACAACAGAGACGACCCGUGGGUCUAUCGGCCCGGUAUCUAUGUCCGCAACAUGCAGAGGAACGGCACCAAUGACAAGGCGACGUUCUACACGGAUACAAUGGAGUCGUCUCACCUGCGCGGAAGGCGCUCCAUCGUCCCCUGUGCAAACAUCUUAGGUGGCGGUAGCAGCAUAAAUUUCCAGAUGUACACUAGGGCUUCCGCCUCCGAUUGGGAUGAUUUCAACGCUGAAGGAUGGGCUGCCAAGGACCUCCUUCCUCUCAUGAAACGCCUUGAGAAUUACCAGAAGCCGGCGAACAACGACACCCACGGUUACAACGGGCCCAUCGCUAUCAGCAAUGGUGGACAGGUGAGGCCCUUGGCUCAGGACUUCUUGCGCGCUGCGCAUGCUAUCGGAGUUCCGUACAGUGACGACAUCCAAGAUCUCGAAACUGCUCAUGGCGCGGAAAUUUGGGCCAAAUAUAUCAACCGUGAGACUGGACGGCGGAGUGAUGCCGCUACAGCCUACGUCCACAGCGUCAUGGACGUUCAGACCAACCUGUACCUGCGCUGCAAUGCUAGGGUGUCUCGAGUUAUCUUCGAGGGCAACAAGGCCGUUGGCGUAGCAUACGUUCCUUCUCGGCCUAGGGUCAGCGGUGGCGCCGUCGAGGAGACUAUUGUUCGCGCUCGCCGCUACGUCGUGUUGAGCUCUGGGACUCUUGGAACCCCCCAGAUAUUGGAGCGGUCUGGCGUCGGCAACUCCCGUAUGCUGCAGGAGCUGGGCAUUCCCGUUGUCAGCGACCUUCCAGGUGUCGGCGAGGAAUAUCAGGACCACUACACGACCCUUUCUCUUUACCGCGUAUCCAACGAGAGCAUGACUACUGACGAUUUCUUACGUGGUGUCAAAGAGGUCCAGAGAGAGCUCUUCGCCGAGUGGGAGACAAGCCCCGAGAAGGCGAGGCUGUCCUCGAAUGCGAUCGAUGCUGGGUUCAAGGCGCGUGAGCAUAUCCGGCCGACUGAGGCGGAGCUCAAGGAGAUGGGGCCGGAAUUCAAUGAGCUUUGGGACCGCUACUUCAAGGACAAGCCUGACAAGCCUGUCAUGUUUGGCUCCAUCGUCGCCGGCGCCUACGCCGACCACACCCUUCUUCCUCCCGGGAAAUACAUGACUAUGUUCCAGUACUUGGAAUACCCGGCUAGCCGCGGAAAGAUCCACAUCUCCUCCCCGAACCCGUACAAGGAGCCGAACUUCGACAGUGGUUUCAUGAACAACAAGGCUGACUUCGCCCCGAUUCGGUGGAGCUACAAGAAGACGAGGGAGGUGGCUCGCCGGAUGGAUGCCUUCCGCGGCGAAUUGUCUUCGCACCACCCUCACUUCCACCCUGCGUCACCCGCCGCAACGAGGGACAUCGACAUUCAGACUGCGAAAGAGAUUUACCCCGAGGGUUUGACUGUCGGGAUCCACAUGGGAACGUGGCACAGGCCGAGCGAUCCGUACGACGCUUCGAAGGUUCACAACGACAUCAAAUAUACCAAAGAGGACGACGCUGCCAUCGACGACUGGAUUGCAGAUCACGUCGAGACGACGUGGCACAGCUUGGGCACCUGUGCCAUGAAGCCUCGCGAGAAAGGUGGUGUCGUUGACCACCGUCUCAACGUCUACGGCACCGAGAACCUCAAGUGCAUCGACUUGAGUAUCUGCCCCGAUAACCUGGGAACCAACACCUACUCUUCUGCCUUGCUGGUAGGGGAGAAAGGCGCCGACAUACUGGCAGAAGACCUCGGCUUGCAAAUCAAGGUUCCUCACGCACCUGUCCCUCACGCACCGGCUCCGAAGGGUGUCGCGUCUACUCAAGUCCGCUGAUGGAUCCUCUUCUUCGUCGUCGUGCUCGUAGGCUUUGAGGUAUCGGGAUGUAUGAUAAAGGUCUGAAAACGCUGCAGAGCUUUGUAUUGACCCCUUUGGUGGGAUGUCUGUACGAUUAAAUGUCCAAUACGACAUUCGGAUGACCAC